CCCGCAUUUUACAGACAUGGGAAAUUGGGGUUCAGAGGAGUGCCUAGAUUAGGUGCCGUCUCAAAGGCCCAAGUAUUCACUACAGUUCAUGGCUACCAGCGACCUGAUGUCGGAGCUGCAGAAGGACUCCAUCCAGCUGGACGAGGACAGUGAGCGCAAGGUGGUGAAGAUGCUGCUCCAGCUCCUGGAGGACAAGAAUGGGGAGGUCCAGAACCUGGCUGUCAAGUGCCUGGGCCCUCUGGUGGGCAAAGUGAAGGAGUAUCAAGUGGAGGCCAUUGUGGACACCCUCUGUGCCAACAUGCAGUCCGACAAGGAGCAGCUUCGAGACAUCGCCGGCAUUGGCCUCAAGACUAUCCUCUCGGAGCUCCCACCCGCAGCCCCAGGUUCCAGCCUGGUCACCACCGUGUGCCGCAAGAUCACAGGCCAGCUCACCAGGGCCGUCGCCCAGCAGAAGGAUGUGGGUGUGCAGCUAGAAGCCUUGGACAUUCUCUCUGACAUGCUGAGCAGGCUGGCCGCUCCCCUGGGCACCUUCCACGCCAGCCUCCUGCACUGCCUGCUGCCACAGCUGAGCAGCCCGCGCCUGGCCGUGCGCAAGCGGGCCGUUGGGGCGCUCGGCCACCUGGCAGCCGCCUGCAGCACCAACCUCUUCGCUGAGCUCGCCGAUCACCUGCUGGGCCGGCUGACCGGUCAGCGCGAGCCCGCCAACCCCGCCACCAUCCUCACCCUGAUGCAGUGUGUGGGCAGCAUAGGCCGCCAGGCCGGCCACCGCCUCGGUGACUACCUGGACCGCCUGAUGCCCCUGGUGGAGGAAUUCUGCAAUGUGGGGGAUGAUGCGCUCCGGGAGUCCUGUCUCCAGGCCAUAGAGGCCUUCCUGAGGAAGUGUCCCAAGGAGAUGGGUCUUCAUGUAGCCAGAGUCACCAGCCUCUGCCUCCAGUACCUGAAGCAUGACCCCAACUAUAAUUAUGACAGCGAUGGGGAUGAGGAACAGAUGGAGACAGAGGACAGUGAAUUCAGUGAACAAGAGAGCGAGGACGAGUACAGUGAUGAUGAGGACGUGAGCUGGAAGGUACGACGGGCAGCGGCCAAGUGCCUGGCAGCCUUGAUUGGCUCUCGGCCCGACCUGCUGCCUGACUUCCACUCCACCCUGGCGCCCGCACUCAUCCACCGCUUCAAGGAGCACGAGGAGAAUGUCAGGGCCGAUGUUUUUGUGGCUUACAUAGAGCUGCUGCACCAAACGCGGCCCCCGAAAGGAUGGCUGGAGUCCCUGGAGGAGCCCACCCAGACAGGCAGCAACCUCCACAGGCUGCAAGGACAGGUGCCCCUGGUGAUCAAGGCCCUGCAGCGGCUGCUCAAAGACCGGAGCAUCCGAGCCCGCCAGGGCUGCUUCACCCUCCUCGCCGAGCUGGCGACUGUCCUCCCUGGCAGCCUGGCCGAGCACAUGCCUGUGCUGCUCUCAGGCAUCGUCUUCUCGCUGGUGGACCGCUCCAACUCCUCCACCAUCCGGAUGGACGCCCUGGCCUUCCUGCAAGGGCUGCUGGGCACAGAGUCGGCCGAGACCUUCCACCCGCACCUGGCCACCCUGCUGCCCCCUGUGCUGGCCUGCGUGGCUGACCCUUUUUAUAAGAUCGCAGCCGAGGCGUUUCUGGUGCUGCAGGAGCUGGUGCGGGUCCUGUGGCCACUGAACAAGCCUCAGAGGCUGGGUCCCGAGCAGUACAUGGGGGAGAUGUCGGCGGCCCUCCUUGCGCGGCUCCGUGCUACUGACCUGGACCAGGAGGUGAAGGAGAGGGCCAUCUCCUGCGCAGGCCACCUGGUGGGCCACCUGGGUGACCAUCUUGGGCACGCACUGGAGCCCACGCUCCAGCUGCUUCUGGACCACAUGCAGAUUGAUGUUACCCGGCUGCCUGCUGUCAAGGCGCUGAGGCUGGUGGCUGUGUCCCCGCUGCGGCUUGACCUGCAGCCCAUCCUGGCCAAGGUGCUGCCCAUCCUGGCCUCAUUCCUGCGCAAGAAACAGCGGGCCCUUCGUCUGGCUACGUUGGCAGCCCUGGAUGCGCUGGCCCAGAGCCAGGGCCUGAGCCUCCCGCUGCCCGAAGUCCGGGCUGUGCUGACCGAGCUGCCGGGCCUGGUCAGCGAGAGUGACAUGCAUGUAGCCCAGCUGGUGUUGGACUUCCUCGCUACAGUGACCCAGGUCCAGCCAGCUUCUCUGGCCGAGGUCAGUGGCCCUGUACUCUCGGAGCUGCUGCGGCUGCUCCGCUCACCCCUGCUCCCUGCCAGCGUGCUGACCUCUGCUGAGGGCUUCCUGCAAACGCUGGUGGGGACUCGGCCCCCCUGUGUGAGCUACAAUGAGCUCAUCAACCUGCUCACGGCGCCUGUGUACCACCGGGCUGAGGAAGGUGGGCCGGACCUGCAUAAACAGGGCCUCCAUGCGCUUGCCCGGUGCGUGGCCGCCCUGGCGGCUGCCUGUCCCCAGGAGGCAGCAGGCACCGCAGGCCGCUUGGUGUGUGACGCCAGGUCGCCCAACUCGAGCACUGGGGUCAAGGUCCUGGCCUUCUUGUCCCUGGCCGAGGUGGGCCAGGUAGCCGGGCCAGGGCCCCAGCGGGAACUGAAGACAGUGCUCCUGGAAGCGUUGGGGUCUCCGAGCGAGGACGUGAGGGCCGCUGCCUCCUAUGCACUGGGCCGGGUGGGCGCUGGCAACCUGCCGGACUUCCUGCCCUUCCUGCUGGGGCAGAUCCAGGCAGAGCCUCAGCGUCAGUAUCUGCUAUUGCACUCACUCCGGGAGGCCCUGGGAGCCGCCCAGCCCAACAGCCUGAAGCCCUACAUGGAGGACAUCUGGGCUCUGCUGUCCCAGCGCUGUGAGGACCCUGAGGAGGGCCCCCGGGCCGUGGUGGCCGAGUGCAUCGGGAAGCUGGUGCUGGUCAACCCUCCCUUCCUCCUGCCCCGGUUCCGGAAGCAGCUGGCUGCAGGUCACCCGCACACACGGAGUACCUUCAUCACCGCCGUGAAGUUCCUCAUCACCGACCAGCCCCACCCCAUCGACCCACUUCUGAAGACCUAUGUUGGAGAUUUCAUGGAGAGCCUGCAGGACCCGGACCUGAAUGUCCGCCGGGCCACACUGGCCUUCUUCAACUCGGCCGUGCACAACAAGCCCUCACUUGUUCGGGACCUGCUGGGCCAUAUCCUGCCCCUCCUCUACCAAGAGACGAAGGUCCGCCGGGACCUCAUCCGGGAGGUAGAGAUGGGACCCUUUAAGCAUGCAGUGGACGACGGGCUCGAUGUGCGGAAGGCAGCCUUUGAAUGCAUGUACUCGCUGCUCGAGAGCUGCCUGGGCCAGCUGGACAUCUGCGAGUUCCUGAACCAUGUGGAGGAUGGGCUGAAGGACCACUAUGAUAUCCGGAUGCUGACCUUCAUCAUGCUCGCUCGACUGGCUACCCUGUGCCCCGCUCCCGUCCUGCAGAGGGUGGACCGGCUUAUUGAGCCGCUCAAGGCCACUUGCACUGCAAAGGUCAAAGCUGGUUCCGUCAAACAGGAGUUUGAGAAGCAAGAUGAACUGAAGCGUUCAGCAAUGAGGGCUGUGGCCGCCCUGCUGGCCAUCCCUGAAGUGGGAGAAAGCCCCACCAUGGCUCACUUCUCUUCCCAAAUCCGAUCCAACCCAGAACUUGCUGCCCUCUUUGAAAGCAUCCAGGAAGCCGCUUCACCCCCUAACACAGAAUCUGUGGAGCUCAGCUAGUCUUUCCUCUAGCCUCCUAGCCCAGGCCUGAAGCCUCACCCUUCACACCUCUACUUUGCCUUCACAUCAGCCCCCUGGGGGCCCCUCCUGUCCGUGCUCAGUGCCUUCUCUAGGGACCCCAGCCUGCCAACAAUUGACAAUUGGGCCCUAUUAACUCAGGACAGCCUUAGAGCGAGGGCAUUUUCGUGAGCCUUUACCCAGAAGCCACUUGGUGCUCUCCAGUCACCUUUCAGGCUGAGGAAUCUCCUGAAACACUAGCACUAGAAUUGUAUGCACAACCAUGGAAGGUCAGCAGGCAGUAAGCUGACCUUCCUGUCCACUAGUGUCUCCACCUCACCACUUCCAUUUUGGGGAGCACCUUAAAAGUCAAUUCAAAUACCUCAUGAUCCACGUUUUGGAUUUCUAAUUGGACAGGUGUGACCCCCACCUUUAAUUCCUGUCAUACCCUGGGAGAAAGCAAGUACAAAUCACUGUUCAUGGUGGAAUGCCCCUGGAGAAUCAGCUGGUUUGUGCUCUGUGGGAAGUUUUGAACGUCAUUCUUGAAUUCUAGUAUCCAGGAAACAAAGUGACAGGCCAAAGAUUUUUUCCUGAUGACCCUGGCUAAUAAAAAAGAUCCUUUGCGACAGUC